AUGUCUGUUCUCCGUGAACUUGGUAAAACGGGUGUUAAGAUUCCAGCUAUUGGACUUGGAUGUAUGGGAAUGAGUGAAUUUUACGGACCAACCGAUGAAGAGGGAAGUUUAAAAGUAUUAAAUCGUGCGAUUGAUAUAAAAUGCACCUUUUGGGAUACCGCAGACAUUUAUGGAUGUGGAAAAAAUGAGAUAUUACUUUCAAAGGUUCUUAAAGACCAACGUAAUGAAGUUUUUCUUUGCACAAAAUUUGGUAAUGUUCGCGGAGAAAAUGGGGAAUUUUUAGGAAUUAAUGGGACGCCAGAAUAUGUUCACGAAGCGUGCGAAAAAAGUUUACAAAGGUUAGGUGUUGAUUGUAUUGAUCUCUAUUAUCAACAUCGUGUCGAUAAGAACGU